CCACAAACAUCUCUAUUGGCCUCUUCUUCCACCUCUUUCGCUUUCUCUCUCUUCAGUGUCAGAUUCAGUGCCUUAUUAUUUUAUCAAAAUUUCAUCAAUUCUUAAUCAUUUCCUUUCAGAUUUGGUUUUACCAGAAUAUUGGACUCAUUUUCUUGUUUCUGUGGUUAAGAAAAGGAAGAAGGAAGAAGGAGGAGUUUGAGCAUGGCCAUGGCUGCGAAAAUGGGUUCCUUCAGGUACACUUUUGCAGAGAAGAGGGAGAGGUUGCUUUCUACAAAGGGUUAUUCAGAGAUUGGCUUUCCCAAUAUUUAUGAGGAAGAAUAUGCCCCCAGAAAUUGCUGUAGCUAUCGCUUCUUAUGCGAUAAAAUUGUUGGAUUCUGUGAAAGCGUGCAGGAUGUUGCCAAAAAGGCCUACGAGAUGGGUAGGUCUGAUCCCAGAAAGAUUGUGUUCGCGGUAAAGAUAGGUUUGGCUUUGAUGCUCAUUUCUUUACUGAUUUUCUUGAAAGAGCCGAUUAAAGAACUCAGUCGGUACUCCGUGUGGGCUGUUCUUACCGUUGUGGUUGUCUUCGAAUUCAGUAUAGGAGCUACUCUUAGCAAAGGCUUGAAUCGUGGGCUUGGGACAUUAUCAGCUGGAGGCCUUGCUCUAGGCAUGGCAGAGUUGGCUCAAUUAGCUGGAAAAUGGGAAGAAGUUUUUAUUAUUCUUAGUAUCUUCUUGAUAGGGUUUUGUGCAUCUUAUGCAAAACUGUACCCAACAAUGAAGCCUUACGAAUAUGGAUUUCGAGUGUUCUUGUUGACAUAUUGUAUGGUCAUGGUGUCUGGAUAUAGGACCAGGGAAUUUAUCCAUACAGCCAUUAUACGGUUUGUGCUUAUUGCACUGGGUGCUGGUGUCUGUUUGGCAAUAAAUAUAUGCAUUUAUCCUAUCUGGGCUGGCGAGGAUUUGCACAACUUGGUGGUAAAAAAUUUCAUGAAUGUGGCAACUUCUUUGGAAGGCUGUGUUAAUGGAUACCUGAAUUGUGUUGAAUAUGAAAGGAUCCCUUCCAAAAUCCUUACUUAUCAAGCCUCUGAUGACCCACUUUACAGUGGCUACAGGUCGGCUGUGGAAUCUACAAGCCAAGAGGAUACACUGAUGGGUUUUGCUAUUUGGGAGCCACCUCAUGGUCCUUAUAAAUCAUUUAGCUACCCAUGGAAGAAUUAUGUCAAAGUAAGUGGUGCACUAAGGCAUUGUGCAUUCAUGGUCAUGGCACUUCAUGGGUGUAUACUUUCGGAGAUACAGGCUCCUGCUGAGAGAAGACAAGUAUUUUCUCAGGAGUUGCGAAGGGUAGGAGCUGAAGGGGCUAAACUGCUGCGUGAACUUGGGAACAAAGUGAAAAAGAUGGAGAAACUGGGUUCAGUAGACAUUCUUUAUCAGGUGCAUGAGGCUGCGGAAGAGUUGCAAAACAAGGUGGACAGGAAAUCAUAUCUUCUUGUCAAUUCAGAGAGCUGGGAAAUUGGAAAGUCAGCAAAGGAUCUAGGUGAGCCCCAAGACUUGCUGAACUUUGAUGAUGAGGUGAGUGUGAAUAAAGUCCUGCAACACAAAUCCCACAGUGAAGCUGUGCUGAAUCUCAGAUCAUUGACCAUACCAAAAAGUUGGGAUGGUCAGAAGCCACCUGUCAAGGACUCAAAGCUCCCCUUGCCUCCAGCUCCAGGUCUUUCCUCUGAUUCCAUGUUUAAGAAACAGAUCUCCUGGCCUGCACGUAUUUCAUUUGCUGCUGAUGCACUGCCACAGGUGGAAGAAUCAAAAACAUAUGAAAGUGCAAGCGCAUUGAGUCUGGCUACAUUUACAUCACUUUUGAUUGAGUUUGUUGCAAGGUUGCAAAAUCUUGUGGACUCAUUUGAAGAAUUAAGUGAGAAAGCAAAUUUUAAAGAACCAGAUGAGCUACUAUCCACAGGAGUGGCAGAGCCUAUGGGGUUCUGGACUAGAUUGCUCAGAAGUAUGAAGUUCUGGAAUUAAUUUAAGUGUUAACUUGGUUAAAGAUCUUGAAGGGCAGAAAUUCUGAGAAGGAUCAUUACUGGAUGUCUGGAUCAUAGUUCAGUCUCACUCUUAUGGAAUUUGUAUAUUCUAUGCUCUGAAACACAAUAAAUACUCAGUUUUGAUGUUGACUUGGGAUUAAGUUGCAGGAACAAAUUCAUCGUCUGAUUCCAGUUGCUGUCCAAGGAAUGCUGAAAUUUAGGAAUGUGUCAUGCAGCCACUUAAGGUGUUGGAUAAUCUCUUCUUAGGACUUAAUAUGGAUUGGUAGCAGCUUGCAGUUCAUGAACUUAUAGUGCAACUGCAAAAUGAGAAUGUAGCAGACUCGAUAGAAGAUGUACCUUGGACAUAGAUUAUGCAUUCAUGGGUCCCUACAUAUGAAUGUUGGGGCAAAAGUUUUGACAUCUAAAUAUAUUUUGUAUUUAUGACAGAAUACUCUCUCUCUCUGGUCAAGAUGCUUUAUGCCUGCAACUGUUAGCAUCUCCAUUAACUUUGUUCCCAUGGAGAGAAGCUAUUCCCAUGUUACGAGCAAACCUUCCGUAAUUGCCAUGCCAUGAACUGUGCAGGGUAACAUGGUAGUGGCCUUGCUAGUUCGAAGUUAUAUAUGUAUUGGAUGAAUAACUAUUUGCCCUUGAGAUUAGGUCAUAAUUAUUAGUAGGACCUUAUUUUUUUGAAAAUUGAACUAAUUGGUCACUCACAUUUGAUUUA